UGGGCUGGAAAAGGAAAUGCCUAGUUCUAUGAUUAAUUUCUCCAUAGCUAAAUUAAGUCCAACUCCUGAGAAAUGUUAAUAACUCAGUCCAUUCUUUGAACCAAGUUUUUUCUUUUUGUUUAGAAACAGAGAAUCCCACAAAUUUCCAAAUUCAAAGGGUAGGUUGCUAGGGGGGUUGAUCAACUUCCCAUCCCCAAAUAUUCAUGUUUUUAUGGUCCAACCACUCAACUGAUAGAGUUAUCUGCCAUAGCAGUCAACCAGGGCAUAUUUGAUUUGAUACCCCAAAUUAUUUUUAACCACUUGUUUAAGCAAUAAAAAAAAGACUCAGGUUCCGUGAACUUAAAAUCAUUUUCUUAGUCAAAAUUGACUGCAUUUGAACGUGAAGUGCUUGAAAUGUAAAUGUCCCAAGUCCAUUCUAAUCCACUUGGUUUAACAAACCAGUCCUUGAAGGUUUUAAUAUUGAAUAAAGGGGAUUAAGACAGGAACAUGAACUAACGUACAAAAAGAGAGACAUUCCCUGGAUCAAGAUCCAUUUGGAGAGGACUCAAACCACCAGGUUUCUUUGGACCUGCAACAUUGACCCUAAACAAAGUAAUUUGUGCUCCAGAUUCUCCUAUAAAAAUGUCCAAACCAUGCCAGUUGGAAACCAAGUUUUUCCUUAGGGAAUUUCAGGACAGACUCCAGCCUACCAUGGACAUGAACAGGAACGUGGAGCCUGGUUAUGAAUAUGAAGGGAUUGAUGAAGAUGAUGUUUUCUAUGCUGAUAUCAGAAGACGGAUUCUACUUUUGACAGCAGAUGAUGACGAAGAUUGUCAAGAAACAAAAAGCUUCCACCCCGUCUGCAAUGGCAAACCAGGAUCAAACAGAGCAGUUGGUAAUCUAUCUUCUUCGUUACAAUACGGAGGAUAUUUCAGUUCGUGGGAAAGCGAGAACACAGACUCAGUACCAACUUGGCUUGCAAAUCUGUGGAGAAAUGGCAAUGGAACUGGAGUUUUUAUCCCCCACAUCGUCAAAUCCAGAAGACACCAUAGGCCAGGAAGGAUGAACAAGAGAAAACUGUACAGGCCGGCAGAGACCAAACAAUCAUGAACAAGCAGAAACCUGAUGUGGGUUCAACAGGCUGGGAAUUGUACAAUCUUAUUUUAUAAAAAUAAGAUGCUGUAAAUAACUUUGGCCUAUCAUUGAUUACAUCAGAAUAUGUAAUAGGGGCUUUUACUACACCAGAAUAUCAUGAUAACACGAAUCAACAUGUAAAUUGCU